AAAACACUUUGAAGCAUGGGUGACUGGAGCUUUCUAGGGCGACUUCUGGAGAAUGCUCAAGAGCACUCCACUGUGAUUGGAAAGGUUUGGCUCACCGUCCUUUUCAUCUUCCGGAUCUUGGUGCUGGGUGCAGCGGCCGAAGAGGUUUGGGGUGAUGAACAGUCAGACUUUACCUGUAAUACGCAACAGCCUGGUUGUGAGAAUGUCUGCUACGAUGAAGCCUUCCCCAUCUCCCACAUACGUUUCUGGGUGCUGCAGAUCAUCUUUGUCUCCACACCAACCCUCAUCUACCUGGGUCACGUGCUGCACAUUGUCCGCAUGGAGGAAAAGAGGAGGGAGAGGGAGGAGGAGCUCAUAAAAGCUGGAAAGCACCAGGAAGGCCAUGACUUGCUCUACCACAAUGGAGUCGGUGAUGGAGGAGGCAGGAAGAAGGAAAAGCCACCUAUCCGUGAUGAGCAUGGAAAGAUCCGGAUCCGUGGGGCAUUACUGAGGACAUACAUCUUCAACAUCAUCUUCAAAACUCUGUUUGAGGUGGGCUUCAUCCUAGGACAGUACUUCCUCUAUGGCUUUCAUCUGAAGCCACUGUAUAAAUGUCGCCGCUGGCCCUGCCCCAAUACUGUGGACUGCUUCAUCUCCAGGCCCACAGAAAAGACAAUCUUCAUCAUCUUCAUGUUGGUAGUUGCUUGCAUCUCUCUGGCCCUGAACCUGCUGGAGAUCUACCACCUGGGAUGGAAGAAAGUCAAACAAAGUGUUGCAAAUGCAUUUCUACCCGAUAAUGAGUCAAUACGACUGGGUGCAGAAGAACCUGGAGAUUCAGAGACCAUUCCUGAGCAGACAUCCCCAGCAGCACUUGACUGUCUGCCAGUGUAUGCUACUGUUAGCAUGAUUGGGGGAGAUACUGCAGAAGGAGGAACCUAUAGCCCAACUGAAAACUCUCCCACAGCUACUCCUGCACCUACAGGACUGCAGAUGGAUGGCACAGUAUUCCACAGAGAUGACUUCCUGUUGGAGGCUCUGCACACUUCCUUUUACAGAAAUGGCAAGGGCGAUGGCCAGCUGACACAAAUGGAACAAAACUGGAAUAAUAUGGAGGUGGAGAUUGAAAAAAACAUCCCUUCUUCAUAUGCGCUUCCUCUUACCUCUACACCUAUAUCCCCUUCCUUCUCUCCCCAGGAGGAGACAAUUCCAGCACCGCCACCAGAAGAAUGGCACUCCACAUCUCCUCCAUGUUUUCCUAUACCCUUUCAUUCCCCUUUAACACCAGAAGAGGGGGCACUGGAUGACAAAACCGCUGUCACCACAGCACCCAAUGUUACCAGGGCGGAGAUGCAUCAGCCUCCGGCAGCUGCAGAAACAAACAGGUGGAAGCUCAGUCAAGCUAGCGAGAGCAGUCGUGUCCGAGCCCGCCCUGAUGACCUGGCAGUGUAG